GACCUCGCGACGAAGUCGGCACAGGCGAUGGUAUAGGGGGUGGUCUAAGGCUGGGAGAAGCACUAGACGAGGCAACUGGUGCGGUACUCGCUGCCGACGAUGCGACGGGCGACUUUGCAGGGGAGACUACAGGAGAAAUUGCAGGAGAAAUAGAUGGGAAGACCACAGGAUAA